AUGUGGUUAUUCUUGGCUGCCUUGCUGGGCCUCUACUUCCUUCGCCGGUGGUACCGGGAGAGACAGACAGUGGAGAACCUGACCGAGAAGUAUGUUUUCAUCACCGGCUGCGACUCUGGCUUUGGGAACCUGCUUGCCAGGCAGCUGGAUCUGAAGGGCAUGAGGGUCUUAGCAGGAUGUCUCACCCAGAAGGGGGCUGAAGAGCUGGAGAAGGCCACGUCCGACCGCUUGAAGACCACCAUCCUGGAUGUCACCCGUACAGAGGGUGUUGCUGCAGCAGCUGAGUGGGUGAAAGGAUGCGUGGGGGACAAAGGACUCUGGGGCUUGGUAAACAAUGCAGGCAUCGGGGGAUUAGUAGGACCCAAUGCAUUCAUGAUAAAGGAUGACUUUGCAAAGGUGAUAAAUGUCAACCUGCUUGGCUUAAUUGAUGUGACGCUGCAGAUGCUGCCCCUGGUGAAAAGAGCCAGAGGAAGAGUGGUCAACGUGGGCAGUAUUUUGGGAAGACUAGCCCUCACUGGAGGGGGUUACUGUCCAUCCAAGUUUGGUGUAGAAGCCUUCUCGGACAGUCUCAGGCUAGAGUUACAUGCUUUUGAGGUCCAAGUCAUUGUUAUUGAGCCUGGUAUGUUCAAGACUGCAAUCGUAGAUGUAGAGCCCCUCCUGAAGAAUAGGUGGGGACAGGUGCCUCCUGAUGUGAAAGAAUCUUAUGGGGAGCAGUUCGUCAAGCGCUAUUGCAAACUAAUCAACACCUCCUUCCAGAAGUACGGAAAUGAUAACCUUUCCCCAGUCACUAACUGCAUCGAACAUGCUCUGAAAUCCUGCUACCCUCGUUUUCGGUAUUCUGCAGGCUGGGAUGCCAAAUACUUUCAUAUUCCUGCCUCCUAUUUGCCAAGUUGUGUGGUUGACUUUGGUUUGGGCUGUAUACUGCCUAAACCAUCACAUGCUAUGUAG